ACGUCUCUUUCAUCACGGGCGACGGCACUUUAACAACGCUUUGUAUAUGGAAAGGAAAACGACGUAAAUCGGAAACUGUUUGGCGCAUUGUAUUAAAUUCAAAAACGCUCGAGUUUUGUGCACAGGUGUUAAGCACUAGAGCCACAGGAUAAACAUUAAUUAGUGACGCGUGUGCGACGGAUUCAUUUGAAAUCCGUAAAAAUGACAAAAUGACAGCAAAACGUGAUAAGGAUUAUACCAAAAAUAAAGCAACAGCGGGCCUCGGAUUCAACGCUUCUAGCUCGACCAAUGGCAACGGCGUAAAAUCCAUUGCACUGGUGAGCUCCACUCAAAAUGUAACAUCGUCGUCGCAGGAUAUCAGCAAACGUACGAACAAACCACUAAUGGAGAAACGAAGACGUGCUCGCAUCAAUCAAAGCCUUGCCAUACUCAAGGCUCUUAUUUUGGAGUCGACGAAGCAUCAGAAUGCCAAAAAUGGUGAUGGACAGGCUACAAAGCACACAAAGCUCGAGAAGGCAGACAUUUUGGAGUUGACUGUUCGGCAUUUUCAAAGACAUCGCAAUCUAGAUGAUCCAUCUGUCAAUAAAUACCGUGCUGGCUAUACGGACUGCGCUCGCGAGGUGGCCCGCUAUUUGGCCACUCCCGAGCCGCCAGCACCCAUGGGUGGCAGUAUGCCCUCGCUGGCCGAGCCAGGCUCCAAAGCACGGCUUUUGCGGCACUUGGAUCAGUGCAUAGCUGAAAUCGAUGUUGAGAUAUGCCCGCACAGCACAUCCAACUUUGCGGACAGUCCAAGCAGUAGCUGUUACGACAUCAAUAGCACAGCGUUGGCUAAGAAAUCGCAGGGCGAUGAACAUUCACUGGACUACAGCAGUCAGGAUUCGAAUCCGCUGGACUAUAGCAAGGGCCUCAAGGUCGGCGGGGGUGCUUUGAUUGGUUGCGAGCAGCGAGUGCUUCAAACCACACCAGCGCCACAGGAUGAGAACAAUAAUCGUGGACAGCAACAGCCCCAGCAACAGCAGCAACAACAGCAGCCACAGCAGCAGCCACCGCCUGCACCACCCACACCACUAGAGAGCGUGCCCGUGAGCGAUAUGAACGGCAUGAUGGCCUACGAGGAUGAGCGCAGCAAGCUGUGUGUGAAUGUUUUGGAGCAAUAUAAGCAACAGCUGAAGGCUCAGACCCAAGUGGAGGGCGUAGCAGCCACUGGUGUACUUGUCCUGCCCCCACAUUAUGUGCAGUUGGCGGCGGCUCUGGGACUGAGUGCCCAAUCCGUUGAUCCAAUUGCCACGCGCACGGACUUCGAGCGUCUCAUCGAACUGCAGCGCAUGCAACCACAUUUAGCGGCCCAGUUGACGGCCGCGCAAGGCAAACUGAGUCCCUAUACUGCCGGUGGCUUGGAUGCGGCACAUGUGGCUGCUGCUGCGGCAGCAGCUUACGCCAAUUCGAUGGCAGCGGCAGCCACCACUUCGACAGUAGCGGCGGUGAGUGCACACACCGAAAGACCCGCCUCUGUUGCCUCGACGGUGGCAUCGGCUUCGGUCAGUUCGGGCGUGUCGGAACUAAAAUCCGUGCCAGCAACGCAGCAAUCUUCGCCGCGCUCUGAGAGCGGCAUUGGCUCCAGCGAAGCGUUGGACGCCAGUCCCCAGACGAGCAGUGCGGCGCGUCAGGCGUUACGCCUUCGCCAGGAGGAAGAGUAUCUGGCACAGGCAGCGGCUGUAGCGGCGGCGGGUCAGGCUUGCCAGGACGAGAGCAUGUGGCGGCCCUGGUAGGCGGCACAUACUAAUUGUUGCCGCAAUCUUGUAUAGGCAUUUGAUAGCUUUUAUGUACCAAGUAUGUAGACUGCGUGAGUUUGUUGCUUUGUUAUGACAUUGGAGUUCUUGAUUUGUGAUUUUUUUUGGUCCUCGCAGGCUUCAAUAGCUACUGAAGAGCACAACCAAUAAUUCCACCAUUUAGAAAGUACAUAAGCCGGUUAAGGCGAACUUUGUUGCAUUUUUAAAAGAUAUAGUAUCAGCCAUAGUCGUUUUUAAAAGAGGAAUUACAUUCCUUACAAGAGGUUCGGUUUCAGUUUUUCUUUACGUUUAAGAUGUCUUAAACUCUGAAUUAUUUUAUGUACUUCUUA